UGUUUACUGUUGAGCAGCGUAGUUAAACGCGGCGCGCGCGCAGGGCACACGUGUACUAGAAGUGAAUCGCUUUUUGAUUCGUAUAACGAAUAGAGAACAUAAGCCUCGCUUAGUUUUACACCGUGUUACAGCCUCCUGAAACCGCGUCGAAAUAAAAUGAGCAAAGCAUAAUACUUACAUUUAAAACAUAAACUCGAAAUGAUGUUUUUGUUAGUCAUUGAAGUAAAAGUGGACAUGUCCUUAUCAAUACAGUAAUAUCGAUCAGCUGUUUAUGUGCGGAAAUAUUUUUUCUGUAACGAAAUGAGGAUCAAUUGUUCAUGGAUUAUUUUUCUGAUCUUGCCAUACGUGUUAGUGACUUCAGGCCCAGUGCGCAGCCACGAGAGUCACCAUGCGAAACCUCAAAUUAAUUUUUCAAAUGUACGUCAACAUACAUUUAAUGCUCAAAAUAUACCAAAGUCAGACGAUUCUUCGAUUCGAGACGAACAAAUAAUAUCUGUAAGAAUAACGUCUUCUGUUGCUGUUGGCAGAACCAAGCCAAAAACGAUUUAUAAAACCUCUGAUACACAUAAAAAUUAUGAACCUUUAAUUCAAACUACUACUCCUCCUAUAGAUGUUUUCGAAACAUUCCCUCCUACUGUAGUGACUGAUAUAAAAACGUCUACAGUCCAGACAACAGUUUUGGAAGACGUUGACAGAACAGAAUUACCACCGGGCCUUAUUGGUGCUAAUAUAGAAUUUCUGAAACAGCUACAAGCUAAAAAGGAGACGAGAGGUCUUAAUAAUUACGAGAGGGUACGCCCUUUUUAUUUAGACGAUGAUGUAUUUGAUUCUAACCAAACGAACGAUUCUAUUGCCGAAUCUUCUGUACACUCUGUCUUAGAAAACGAUGAACUUAUUAAUGAUGUACCUCUAGCUAGAUCUGUGCCUUUAUCAUAUUCUUCUAAAAGCUAUAUACAAGAUCCACCGGAAAGAUCGCGCGGAAAUUCAAGAUUGACUUCUGUGAAUUUUAAUGUAGUGCAUGACUCACCUAAGGUACAGAAUUACGACAACGACCCUGUAUCUUCAACAUAUAUAAAUCCAAAUCAAAAUGUGAGGGAACUGCAAAAGUAUUAUAAUCACCGUCCUCAUAGUAACGUACAAUUUAGUCAACCGUCGCAAAUAUAUAGUGAACCUGCAAAGUUUUAUAGUGAACCAGCUAAAAUCUAUAGUGAACCAGCAAAAAUUUAUAGUGAACCCGCUAAAAUUUAUAGCGAACCCUCUAAAAUUUACAGUGAACCUGCAAAAUUUUAUAGCCCACCUGCUUCGUUAAAUCUAUCACCAGAUUCAUCUUCUGAUCAUGAUAAGUGGCAAAAACAACCAACAACGUCUACGUAUAGUACCACCGUUUUAAGCUCAACCCCGAACUCCAUUACAGUACCCCCAAAUCAGAAUAUACAUGCUCAACAAAGAACCCAUGAACCCGAAAAAAAUUAUGAAAUAGAUGAAAAAGUUAGUGUAAUGACCGAUGGAAGAGCUCAUGGUGAACAACCUUCUGGGGAGGAAAAUUGUAAACAAGAGAAUUGUAAAGUGGGUUAUGUCGUAGAAGGUCGCCAAUUUAGAAAAUAUAGAGUUGAAGAAAGAACAUCCGACGGCUUUAUUGUGGGGGAAUAUGGUGUAGUAAGAAAUGAAGAUGGUGCAUUAAGAGGCGUCAGGUACACUGCAGAUAGCGAUGCUAGUCCACGUCUCAUACACGAUGCGCUUAUGAAGUUCCUGCAGCUUAAAUAGGUAAUUUUUUUGAUCGAGUAAUUUAGAUAUUUGCCAUUGACAAUUGCUCAUUUUAUUUAUAUAAAAACUAUUAUAUUCGCUUUUUGAUACUUAAUUUUUUCACCUGUGUAAUGGUGAAAAAGACUGAAAGUCAAUGUGAAUUCACCUGUAUCCCGAUUUGUACUACCGCAAUAAAGUAUUCCGAGUUCGAA